AUUUGUAGCAAGAUUAGGCGGUUCAUGACGAAUCAAAUCAUGCCAAUCUGCCAAUCGUCAGUAUGCUGAACGAAAAAUGAAAUCCUCUUGAUCUUAUGGACUUUGAUAAAGAUCUACACAACUAUAUCAUGAUCUAUUAUAACUAUAAGUCGAACCCAUCACUGGAAAGGAGAAGCCGAAAGAUUCUCUUCAAGAAGAAUUUUUAACUAUCGAAGAUGUUAUCGACAAAACUGUGAAAAGACUGAACUUUAGGCUUGCUUUCAUCUACUGGGUCGCACUCAGUACGGUUUUCAACGCAGGUGUUGUAACCAACAUGACAGUGAUGACUGGAAACAUACCCUAUAAAGACUGGACAUGCUCUUCGAAAAAAUGCACCUCUCUAUAUGCAGCAGCUUCCGACAAAGAAAACUUCUUCACUGAACGGACAAUGUGCGACAAUGACUUUAUCGCUGGAAUAGAUUUUGAUUGGGCCACAAAAAAGACGACUUUCACAACGGACUGGAAUAUCUACUGCAAGAACGAGGCGAAGUUGUCUACAAUAUCUGGAGUAUAUUUUUUUGGUGGAAUCUUUGGAUUGUUAUGCUCAACUGGAAUCUUCGAUAGGAUAGGUCGCAAGAAAGGAGCACUUUUAGGAAGUGCUAUUACCACACUGGCUACUGCAGCAAGCGCUGUUGCCCCCAACUACGAGGCUCUGCUCGUAUUUAGGAUAAUGUCUGGGUUUGGCCUGAUGAUCAACUACACGGGAAGUUACUGUUGGAUCAUUGAAUUUGCCCCCACAAACCUCCGGAACAUAGCAAGUGGGUUCUACCCCAUGGGUUGGUCUAUAAGCUCUCUUAUGUUGGCGCUUCUUGGGUACUUGAUUGACAAAUGGCAGCAUGUUUACCUAGCUGCCGCUGGAAUUUGCGCGUUCUGCACUAUCAUGUUUAUCGUGAAUCCUCUUCCAGAAUCCCCUAGGUUUCAUUUGGUCCGAGGUGAGGAAAAAGAAGCUAAAAAAUGUCUGUUGUCCUUUUUCCAGGCUACUGGUAACCGCUUCUCCUUUGAAGGUGUAAAUCUAAUUUACGAGAAAAGGGUGCAAAAUUAUUUCAAACAGGUCAGUGAUUUUAAGAGAUAUCCAGCCAUGCUAAAAAGGACUCUUCUCUGUAUGCUCUGCUGGUUCUUCGUCUCAAUCAUAGGAUUUGCAUACACUUUUGGUUGGAGCAAAAUUGGGAGCAAUCUUUACACCAGCUACUUACUUGGUGCGCUAGGAGGAUCUAUUGGGAACGUUUCUUCGAUACCUGCUUGCAAACUUCUUGGAAGAAAAGGAGCUACAAUCUUCUUUUUCGGAGGCAUAGCUGUAUUCAACUUCAUAGCCAUGGUACACGUACAGUUUUCAGAGUCCUGGACGCUGGAAUAUGUUGCCAGUUUACUCGGCAGUAUAUCUGGAUCAGCGGCGUUCGCCAUGGUCUAUUUGUACACAGGAGAACUAUCUCCGACCUCUCACCGUGGCAUGAUAAUGUGUUUGAGUUCCAGUAGUGCCAGGGUCGGCAGUUUCCUCGGACCCUAUGUAAGUCUACUGUACGGAGUUAGUGAUAGGAGGGUCCCCCUGGCUUUGUUUGCUGGUUUGGCUUUCUGUGGGUGUUUGGCUUCUUUCUUCCUGCCUGAUACUACUGGAGUUGCUAUUCCCGAAACCCCCAAAGAUGUCAAAGAUUAGAAUUUGCUGGAUGAAACCAAACGUUGUAAAUUAUGUUCAAAGUUACUAAAGAAGAUUAAAGAAGACCAAAAUCAUUUUGGCAAGAUUAUUUAUUGAUUUUUAUUCAUUUAUGUUGCAGGCCCUUUAAACGUUUCCACAACCUUAAAACUGUAACUUGACCCUCAAAGAUUUAAUUUUAUACAAUUCUCUAUCAAAAUAUUCGCUAAGUAUUGAUUAUCUUUUUGCUGACUAUAAGACUGGUUUUACUUUUGUCUUUUUUUAUAAUCGUAAAUAACAGCGAGUUUCUCUCUUGCGAUUUCCUAUGUGACUUGAAAAGUAACAGUGUCUACCUUAAAGUUAAAAGGAUUGACUU